AUAAAUCAAUCGGUAAAGAAUCAGCCAGGUGAACAAAGUUUACAAAAAACAUCAAUAACUGAGCAAUCUAAAGAUAUCAGAGAAGUGUCGACAGUCGUGGUACAACCAUACGGUCCUUAUGGUAUUUAUUUAUCUCGAAAUAUUUCUGCUCGACAGAGUUGCCCUCGUCAAAUAAAGCCUAGUCUGGACAUGUCAUUAGCAAUACCAUCACGAAGACUUACUGAAGCUAAUUCAAAUCCAUUUUAA